CGAUGAGAGAGUUCAGUCGGUGGAGAAACGAGACGUGAGAAGAUCUGAAACGAGGAGAAAGAAAACUUUGUGAUGUUGAGCCCCUCCCUCUGAUGACAGUGAUUGUAGCCACGCCCACACCUCCACAGCUUCAACAUGGCUGACCUUAACCUGUCAGGUGUCCCUCCUUCCUCCCUGUCUCCAUCCUCUCAUCAGAACGGGAGGAUUGGGCCAACGGCAGCAAAACGCUCUCCACACCCCCACCAUGAUGGCCGUCUGGAGGAUGGAGCGGGACACCUCAGUCCCAGCAACACUGGUGCUGUUCCCCAGAUUCUCUCUGCACCAAGAACCAGAACCUCAGCCUGCAGCUCCCCCCUCAGGAACCUCAGGAUCCUUGGAGGUCCAGGUACAGGUUCUGGUCCUGAAGGCUCCCAGAGGCCCCGGGGUCAGAGCCUCAGCUCAGCUCUCAGCUCCAGGACCAGAGCUAUGAUUUCCAGGAGCAAGCGUGGGAGCAGCCAGCAGGAGGAGCCAGAGGCCUUGUUGGACCUGAUCCUGGAGGGUCAGGGUCAGAGACUGGAGGACCAGAGAGCCAGCCUCAGUCUGCUGCCUGACCCAGGACCAGCUGCUCUUUGUGGGGCCUGCAUCCCCGACCAGCCCGCCCCCCCGAGUCUGGACUUCUACUACAUGCUCAUUCACUACCAGUCUGACCGGAUGGAGGACCAGAGGUGUUCCCUUCCUGAUCUGGAUGAUGUGAUUGGUCCAGUUCCUGACGGUCAGGAAGAUUUCUUCUCUCUGGUUCAGAGAGUUCAGUCCCGGAGAAUGAACGAGCAGAGGUCCUCGCUGCUGCCGACGCACUCGGAGGAGGAGGAAGAACACCCAGCUCCUCUUCACCUUCAGUCUGGAAGUUAAAGAACGGUUGAAGUACUGUUUGUAUUGUCAGACUGGGGAACAGAGUCUCUGUCU